AUGGAGGACAUUCAUGAAUGGUUCCCAAGGCCAUGGUUGGUGGCGGGAGAUUUCAAUGUGAUCUCUACUGUAGUUGAGCACUCUGGGGGUGCUACCCCCAAUAACCGUAAUAUGGACGAAUUUAAUGAGGCUGUUUUCAAAUGUAAUCUACCGGAUAUUGGUUUUGAUGGUCUGCUAUUUACUUGGACUAAUGGCAGUCUGUGGCAACGGCUGGAUAGAGCACUAGUAAAUGAAGCUUGGACAAAUCUUUUUGAGGUGGCAAAGGUGUCUCAUAUGUUGCGUGGCAGAUCUGACCAUGCCCCACUGUUAAUCAAGUGUGGUUCGCAUAGGCAACACAGGUCUUCUUUUCGGUUCAUCAAUGCUUGGGCUAAACAUUCGAGCUUCAUGGAGGUGAUUCGGGAAGCUUGGUCUAUGCCUGUUCAUAGGGUUGGUACGACUGCAUUUUUUAGGAAAUUGUUACAUGUUAAAGCCAAACUUCGACUUUGGAACAAAUAG